AAAAAAAAUAGAAGUUCUGCAACGUAGACUCCCAACUCAGCCUUGCAGGCCGACUCCAUGCUUACACGUCGCUGUAUUCGUUCUUCAAGUUCAGUCAUUCCUUCAUCGCUGAAUGUCCCGGCGAGUCACGAAUCUUUCAUUCUGGAGUUGCCAAAUCCGUCCAUACCGCAUUGCUCGCACGGGACUGGAGACCCGUAGUGGGUCUACGCCCAGUAUGCGGGGUUUAUCUUCUUAUCAUCCUACUCCCAUGCCUUCCACUGCAAAUACGAUCGAUGGUACAACGAUUGCUCAGUCAAUCAGACAGAGUGUCGCAAGUCGAAUUCAAUCGUUGCAGGCCACCCAUCCCCGAUUCCAGCCUCAGCUUGUGAUCGUACAAGCCGGUCAGCGUCCAGAUUCUUCGACUUACGUUCGUAUGAAAGCGAAGGCCGCAGAGGAGGUUGGGAUAAAGUAUCGCCAUGUCGCACUCCCUGCAGAAGCCACCGCUGAAGAAAUCAUUGAUGUUGUCAAAAAUCUCAAUGACGAUGAUCAAGUCAGCGGCAUCCUUGUUCAACUACCUCUCGGCGAACACAUCACACCGGCUGGAGAGCGUUCGGUCACGGAAGCCAUUGGUCCUAAAAAAGAUGUUGAUGGAUUUCAUGCCUAUAAUAUUGGACAUUUGUCUUCACGCGCGUCUGCUCCCUUGUUCGCCCCUUGUACACCUUCGGCGGUUCUGAGGCUGAUUGACUCGAGCGGGACAUCGAUAUCCGGUACCAAUGCUGUCGUUCUCGGCCGCAGCGAUAUCGUUGGGAGCCCCGUGGCAUCCAUGCUUCGCAAUAGAGAUGCUACUGUUACACAGUGUCAUAGUCGCACUAAAAACCUCGAGACGAUUGUGAAAAGCGCGGAUAUCGUGGUUUCAGCUAUCGGGAAGGCUGAAUUCGUGAAAGGUUCCUGGAUCAAACCUGGCGCCGUUGUAAUCGAUGUGGGAAUUAAUUACAUUCCGGACGCGACCAAGAAAUCGGGUCGCAGGCUGGUCGGGGAUGUGGAGUUUGCCUCUGCUAGUCAAGUCGCGUCUCAUAUUACCCCAGUCCCUGGAGGAGUUGGUCCCAUGACCGUGGCUCUACUUAUGGAAAAUACCCUAAAUUCCGCUGAGCGUUUGUGGAACGAGGCUCGGGAAAGAAAAGUGAAGCCCCUCAGGCUCAAUGUCCUUGAGAAAGUUCCUAGCGACAUAGAGAUUGCCAUGGCCCAGACGCCUAAACCAAUCACGCAACUUGCUCAUGAGAUUGGGUUAUUACCGGAUGAGUUAGAGAGCUAUGGCAAGUACAAGGCUAAAGUUGAACUCAGUGUUCUUAAGCGUUUGGAACAUCGCAAGGAUGGGAAGUAUAUCGUUAUCUCUGGCAUCACACCCACGCCUCUUGGAGAAGGAAAAUCGACGACAACUAUCGGCUUGGCACAGGCGCUCGGUGCUGAGCUCGGUCGUCCCGCGUUCGCUUGCGUGCGCCAACCGAGUCAAGGACCAACCUUUGGUAUCAAAGGAGGAGCCGCUGGUGGAGGCUAUAGUCAAGUCAUUCCUAUGGACGAAUUCAAUCUACACCUUACUGGUGAUAUCCACGCCGUCACUGCAGCCAACAACCUUCUGGCUGCCGCAUUGGACGCCCGUAUGUUUCACGAGGCAACGCAGUCGGACAAGGCGUUGUAUAGUCGUUUGGUUCCCGCCAAGAAAGGCAAAAGAGAAUUUGCGCCUCUCAUGCUUAAGAGACUGAAAAAGCUCGGUAUCAAUAAGACAACUCCCGACGACCUUACGCCUCAGGAAAUCACUCGUUUUGCUAGACUCAAUGUAGACCCGGAAACCAUCACUUGGAAUCGCGUACUAGACACAAACGACCGUUUCCUCCGCAAGAUCACUAUCGGUCAGAACCUCACGGAACAAGGUCAUACGCGGGAAACAGGCUUCGAUAUCGCUGUUGCUAGUGAAUGUAUGGCAGUGCUUGCACUUACUACUGGUCUUGAAGAUAUGAAACAGCGCUUGGGUGCCAUGGUGGUUGCCACAAGCAAGGAAGGCGAUCCUAUCACGGCCGAUGACAUUGGUGUUUCGGGAGCUCUCGCUGUUCUCUUGAAGGACGCUAUCAAACCCAAUCUUAUGCAAACCCUCCAGGGUACACCCGUCUUCGUCCAUGCAGGACCAUUUGCAAACAUCGCUCAUGGAAAUUCUUCGAUUCUUGCCGACCGUGUCGCAUUGAAACUAGCAGGUAUUGGAGAAGGUGACUCACCUGAUCGUGUUGGGUAUGUACUUACCGAGGGCGGAUUUGGGGCCGAUAUGGGUAUGGAGAAGUUCUGCAACAUCAAGUGCCGUGUCAGCGGGCUGAAACCAGAUGCCACCGUUAUCGUGGCCACAACUCGUGCCCUGAAGAUGCACGGCGGUGGACCUGAAGUUACCCCAGGAAAGCCUCUGCAUGAUACGUACACCAAGGAGAAUUUAGAGAUCCUCAAAGAAGGAUGCAAAAACUUGGUUCGGCAUGUCAGGAAUAGCCGCAAGUUUGGAGUCAAAGUUAUUGUGGCCAUUAACCAAUUUGCUUCUGAUACACCUGCUGAACUCGCUCUAGUGCGUGAAGAGGCACUUGCUGGUGGUGCCGACGCCGCCGUGGUCAGUAAUCACUGGGCUGAAGGAGGUGCCGGUGCUCGUGCUCUGGCGGAGUCAGUUGUCGCAACAUGCGAGGGACCAUCCGAUUUUAAGUUCCUCUAUGAUAUCGACCUUCCUAUCGAGGAGAAGAUCUCUGUCAUCUGCAAGCAGAUUUAUGGUGCAGAUGGGAUUGAACUAAGUCACCUGGCGAAGACCCAGGUCGAAACCUAUACCCGUCAAGGCUAUGGGAACUUACCUAUCUGCAUGGCAAAGACUCAGUACUCCUUCUCGCACGAUCCAAAACUCAAAGGCGUGCCUUCAGGCUUUACCAUUCCUAUCCGUGCCGUGAAACUGUCUGCGGGUGCUGGAUUUUUAUACCCGCUUUUGGGUGACAUGCAAACCAUGCCUGGCCUUGGAACUCGUCCAGGUUUCUGGGAAGUCAGUCUGAACUCAGAGACAGGUCGUGUACUGGGUCUGUUUUGAUUUACUGCCUCAACAAACUAGGGAAUGUUUUGCGGUUGCUUGGAGGAUUGUAUGGAGUCCUUUCUGUCUCGUGUUCUCAACGAACAAUUUUUUGAACGGACCCGUCUCAAUACGGGACGUCGAUACUGUUCAACACAGCAAAUUUAUCUAUGGCAAUGCCGCCGCGUUGGCGGGACAUGCCCUCAAAUUCAUUCUUAGAUGUGGUGGAGACUCUGGGUCUGGCACGGUCGUUACUGUUAUCUGUAUCAUACGUUGUUUUAGAAGUGCUUCUUGAGAUUUGGAACCUGAUCUGUUGAUUUAGUGCGACUUAGUUGAAAUAUUCUCCAGU